UCCACCACCACCACCACCUCCUCUUCGUCGCCGUCCCCGCGUGUCGCCUCCGCCGCCGGGGCCCCGCGCUCUGAGCCUCCCGGCCGCAGGAUGCUGCCGUCGCAGGAGGCCUCGAAGCUGUACCAUGACAACUACAUGCGGAACUCGCGGGCCAUCGGCGUGCUGUGGGCCAUCUUCACCAUCUGCUUCGCCAUCAUCAACGUGGUGGUUUUCAUCCAGCCCUACUGGAUCGGCGACAGCGUCAGCACGCCCAAGCCGGGCUACUUCGGCCUUUUCCACUACUGCGUGGGCAACGAGGGCAACAACCGCGAGCUCACCUGCCACGGCUCCUUCGCCGACUUCCGCAGCAUCCCCUCGCGCGCCUUCAAGGCGGCCUCCUUCUUCGUGCUGCUCUCCAUGGUGCUGAUCUUGGGCUGCAUCACCUGCUUCUCGCUCUUCUUCUUCUGCAACACGGCCACGGUCUACAAGAUCUGCGCCUGGAUGCAGCUGCUGGCAGCUCUCUGCCUGGUGCUGGGCUGCAUGAUAUUCCCAGAUGGCUGGGAUUCAGAGACCGUCAGGGACAUGUGUGGGGAGAAGACGGGCAAGUACUCGCUGGGCGACUGCUCCGUGCGCUGGGCUUACAUCCUAGCCAUCAUUGGCAUCUUGAAUGCCCUCAUCCUCUCCUUCCUGGCCUUUGUCCUCGGCAACCGGCAGAACGACCUGCUUCACGAGGAGCUCAAAACAGAGAACAAAGAUUUUGUUGGCACUGCGAGGAUAUAAUGUAGAAGAGGCAGGAGGGCCCUUCUCUCAUUGGUAUCUGGAUUGAACUCUCUCAUCCUUCCUCCUCCCUCCCCACCUCCCUCACUGCCUUUCCUUCGCUGCUGCCAAUGGGGGGGAAACGUCCAACUCGAAGCCUCAGAAUCUGCAGACCUCACCUGCGUGCCACUUCCGGAGACACGUCCAUCCCUCAUGAUUUGCCAGCUUUGGCCGCUGCCCCCUCUGCUGAUUGGCUGCCGAUGGAGGAGAGUGUGACACCGGUACCCCAACCCUUACCCCAAACCUACCACAUUGGGGGACGAGGCGAUGCACACACUCCGACCUGGUGUUUCAAAGAAGUGACGCCCUUGGGACUUUUUAACACGCUCUUUUCAAAGGGAUCCCAGCCUUUCCAGGAAAAGCUUCCAGGGCGUUUCCCGCUACCCUCCUUCCCGAGAACCAAACAAGAACUGGUGCCAAGACGCUACCGCUGCAACAGACUCUGCCAGGGCCACCUCCUUGCCAAGUCUUUCUCCAUUUUUAACCUUUCAGCAACUUUGCCCGCCCUCCGGCCCACACGCGGGGCCGCCCGGCGCCUGAGACUGGCCCAUUUGAUACUUUUACAUGUAAAUUUAAAUUGUCUCUGAACAGGGUAAGGUGAGCCCGAAUCCCCACCCCGUUCCCUUUGGGGAUUUCAGCCACCAGAAAACUUUUGCAUUCUCCACUCAUCCUGCCCAGGUAAUGCAGCCGUACCACGAAGGGGGGACUGGGGUG